AGUACAAACCUCAGUUUCUGCUUCUAUGAAGCAAACCAGAGGAAGUAAGCACGCAAGGAGGAGGAAUUCUGAUCUCUGCAAUGAUAUCAGGGAGUUCUUAUCUGUGAAUGGACUUCCUCAUGAUCACAUACCCACCACGAAUGAGCUAACAGACCUCGGAAGGAAAGAUCUUGCAAAUAUUGUUAGAAGGAGAGGAUACAAAUUCAUAAGAGAGCUACUUGGAUGCUCAAACAAGUCGGUUGAUUGUCAGGAUUGGAAAAUUAAUAGCUUAGUUGAGGACGUGGAUGGUGGCCUUAACAGUGUGAUCAAUGGUGGGGAGUUCAGCUCUCAUAACUUUGCUGAAAAGUCAUCCAUUAAUCUAUCCUUGCAGGAAAAGGCAUCCAGAUUUCUUCAGAAUGGGAAACUUGAUGGUAUUGAGAAUAGUGACUUUGAAUUUUUGAACAAAAGCACUUACAAUGAGGAGAAACAAAGUGGGUUAAGUGGUUUUAGUGGCAUCGGGAUAUCAAAUGGAAAUGUUUUGUCAUCAUUGCAGCAGGUUGACCAUGCAAUUGAUGUUAUUACUGUCCAGAUGGAUGCAUCUCCUCAUGUUGAGAACAAGGGUGUGCAUGUUAAGACACAAGUUGUGGACAAUCAAGCUGAGAUUAGCCGUCUUAAGUUCAUGCUGAGUCAGAAAGACCUGGAAUUGAUGCUCCUGAAGCAGAAAAUUGAAGUGGAAAAGCAUGCUUUGUCUGCUUUGCAAGUUAAAGCUCAAACAGAAAUGAGCAAGGCACAUACACUCAUUUCAGAAAAAAAUGCAGAACUAAGCUCUGCCGAAGAAAGCCUCUCAGGGCUAAAAGAGGUUGAAAUCCUAUACCGAGGUAAGGGAGAAAGUGUGGAGGUAGCUGGAAGUUUCAACGGUUGGAGUCACAGGAUAAAGAUGGACCCACAAACUCAGGCAUCAAGUAUCAUAGUUGCAAGCAGUUUAAGGAUAUCUCACUUCUGGAGAACUAUCUUGUGGCUUUAUCCUGGGAUAUAUGAGAUAAAGUUUGUUGUGGAUGGGCAUUGGAGAACUGAUCCUGAGAGGGAAUUGGUUACUAGGGGUACCAUAGCAAACAAUGUACUACGGGUUGAGAGAUGAUGUGAUUCAUACAUUAGAGGUGGUUAAGGCUUUUUUAGAGGGCACUCAAGCCAAGAUGUUUCAAGACAAUGCAUUUAGAAUCAACUUUUGAGAUGCAUGAGACUUUGGGUUAGCUCAUAAAUAAACGAAGAUAAAGAUGAUAUCCAUCUUCAUUGAUGAACUCAAUCCAAUGUAGGGAUAUGGUGGUUUUUGUAUAUGUAUUUCCGUUUUGAUCAAAGUAUUAUGUUCUUGCAUAUUAGAUAAGCCAUACAUUUUUUGCUAUUCUGAUAAGACUUCUGGUCAAUGUUUUGUGUAUGCAAUGGUAAAAGAGACGGAUUACCAUUAUGUACUAGGGUGACUUAGACAUUGAUCAAUUUGAUUGCACAAGUCACCUUACUCCCUUGCAUAGGGGUGUAGAAGUCAAAGAAUGUAAUUAUUUAGUGUUAGAAGUGGCCGAGAGCCUGAGACCAUAUGACACUUGACAUCAU